GUACUACCAACAGAGUUAAACUAGAGAUUCUAAAACUGACAAGUGGCUUGUGAAAUGUAAUUGAUGAAGGGACAUGCUUCAAGCACUGAAGGCCUAUGUUGCUGUGAAUAUGAGAACAAUCAGGGAGAGAAAAGCCACAUUUUGGCCUGCUGCUGUGAUUGUGAAGCCUUUGAUCAAGCUGCAGACAGGUGUAUAACUUGUCGCCAAGUACCACCAGAGACAAUGGAGCGACUCUUCAAAACCAUAGAAGACCGCUGUCGAGUGCCAGGAAUCUUGGGCCAGGGGGCGAUCAAGUUACGAUUAGAUGUUAUAGUUCCUGUAAUCACCAUUCCAGUUUGUCUAUUCUUAGCCACUAUUGGACCUGUGAUGACCGCCGUGAUGUUAACCAUGAUGCCAAUAUUCUUGCUAUGGUUUUACCGUAUGUGGAAGAGGAAUACUAAAAAAGACAGGACAUUGUUUUUCUACUCCUGGGGACUGAUGUCUGUUGUGACUAUCUUUGUUGUGUUCGAGUCGUGUGUGGUGGGUUUCCGUGAAAUUCUGCUGUGGGAACAUUUGCUUCUUCUAACUGCUAUGUUUCUUAUGCUGUAUAAUUUUGUGCGAACUAAACUGAAUACACCCUACCUUAAGAAUUUAAAGAGACCAAGAAACUUUGAAAAGAUGAAUCAGUCAGACAGGCGGAUUGUGAAUGCUGAUGAUACUUUCAAAGUUCCAAUGAGUUUGGAAGAAAUGACUGCUGUUGAAUUGCCAGAGUCUGAUGUCAAAUGGCUGGAUUCUAGGCCCAUCACAGAUGGAAAACUUGUAACGUGGUGCCAGCAUUGUAACCUCAAUAAACCCCCCAGGUCUGGCCACUGUAAUCUCUGUAAGGUCUGUGUGUCUGUUCGUGAUCACCACUGUGUCUGGAUUGACACGUGUAUAGGAGCAGAUAAUCAUCGGAGCUUCAUAAUCUCCAUGAUGUUGUUUGUCUUCUGUGGUUACUAUGGAUGCCAUCUCUCCAUGACAACACUUUGCACACCUAAGAUGUAUUUUGAUUGGUUCUUAUUUCCCAAUGACUGCAGAUUUCUGUACAUUGACUUUCAGACAUCUGCUAGUUUUGUUGGCACCUGCUAUACAUUCCUGGCCUCCACCAUUAUGCUGUUUGGGUUGAUAUUCCAGUUUUUAUUAAUCAGUCAAAACUUAACUUCACAGGAGUUCCAUAUAGCCUCUCAAAGAAAUAUGUUAAGACAUGGUCUUUUUGCAACCAAAAAUGUGUACAACCAAGGUUUUAUACACAAUUGGUUCAAUUUCUGGCUGACAGGACGAAAAGACACUCGAACCAGUGUGAUAACAUUGUAAUGUAUAUUAUCUUUACUUUUAUAUUUAUAUUUCUGUAUUUGUACUUUUCUUUUGUGUAUUUUUUGUGUAUUUUAUGUCACUGAUUCUCCUCAUCCAUAUUUCAAUGCAAUUUUAUUAUGUUUGGUUGUUGAAAUUUUUUCCUUUUAUUUGAAGGGGGGUGUCAGAUCGUAUUUUAAUAUUUUAUGAUGCAUUUAUGUUAAAGUAAGCUAAAAUCAUCCAUGUUUUUAUUUUUCUACAGAAGUGUUAUUUUACAACCACUUUUUGAUAUUAUGGAAGAAAUUGAUUAUAGUCAUAUCAAAUGGCCUCUAGGCAGUAGGUUAAAAAUCUCAUACACAGCCUGGAGUAACCAUUAAUUGACUGUAUCAUAACACCUAAGCAUUUGAUAACAUUCAUUUGAUUUAAGGUUCGUGAACCCUCUGAUAAGUGCGAUAACUCUCAGUGAGAUGAAUUAAUGUCUAAGAUUCUCUUAUAAAAUGUUCAAGUUAAAAAUUCAUUUCUGUCAAAUUUUGCUCUGCAAGGUUGAAAUUUAUUUUCCUAUUUAUUUAUGAAUUAGAUUUCUUUUUGAAAACUCAGUGUUAAAGAAAAAUUUCAUAGGAAUGAUCAGAGGGCUGAUGAACCUUAAAUCUAGU